GAAAAAUCGUCAGCUUUGAAAAUAUUGAAAAUUUUCUCCACACCUGCGUUCCUUACUCUUGAUUGAAUGAAUAAAACCUUAUGAUAUAAUUAGCGGAAAUAUAUAGUAUAGUUAUCUAUACACAAAGUAACAAAUAACGGGGUAUACUUAAACAACUAGCACAAAAAUGACUCUUCAAAUAAUCAAAUUUUGACACGUUCACGAAUUUUUUCAGAGAAAAACAUUUUAUUUUCCUUUUUUAUUUAUUGUAUAAAUGAACAGGAAUAAAUUAUAACACAUCAGGAUGGAUAAGAGGAUAUUGAUCGAAGUGUUUGGCAGAGUUCUCCUGAUCUGUAUAUUUGUUUAUACUGAGGAACUUACACCAUUUUUUCGAGAGAUCCAACCUGAAGAAAUGUGGCUUUACAAGAAUCCUCGCACAACCAGUUUUGUUCCGUCACCACUUCUUUGGAUGCUUGUUGCGUUAGCUCAGAUUACCAUAAUAGUUGUAGGAAUUAUACGUAAAGACAAAUUGGACACCAUGUAUGCAUUGUUAGGUAUAAAUCUUAGUACAUUUCUAAAUGGUAUUGUGACAAAUGUCAUCAAGAAUAUAGUAGGAAGACCAAGACCAGAUUUCUUCUAUCGUUGUUUUCCUGAUGGUAUAUAUCGUGAGGGAAUGAAAUGUACAGGAAAACUAGAUGUUAUCAUAGAGGGACGAAAGAGUUUCCCAAGUGGUCAUUCUUCAUUGGCAUUUGCUAGUCUUGGGUUCCUAACAUGGUUCUUAUGUGGAAAAUUACAGCCAUUUACAAGUGUUGGUCGGGGCCAGUCUUGGAGACUAAUAUUAACCUUUUUUCCAAUGUUCCUGGCCCUCUGUACAGCUUUGUCUCGCACUUGUGACUAUCAUCACCACUGGCAAGAUGUUACAGUUGGUUCGCUUAUGGGACUGUCAUUCUCAUAUCUCUCAUAUAGACAGUAUUACCCACCAGUGUCUUCCGAGGACUGUCAUACACCAUACGCUUGCCAGACUUUACAGACAUUACAUAAGUCAGCUAGCUCAAAGGACUUCAACAAUGGACAGAAGAUUCCCACCAGCCCAGCACCGCAGUAUGAUAGCUACAUGGAUAGUGCAAGCAAAAUUAUAUAGGAAGGAUUCAGCGUAAAGAUACAGACUCUGUUGAUAAGAGUGAGGCCUUUCUCGGUUCUUGUCUCUCAGUAUUGUUUUUCGAAUCAUAUACUUAACAUGGUGGGCCUCAUUGUAGAUUUUCAAUUCAUGACAGAAAUAUGUCAAUAUCAAUGGUUAUUGAUAUUGUCAUAUUGAUUAUUGAAAUCAUGGUUAUGACUGACCAAACUCAACUAUUGAUGCUUUCCAUUUUGGUGCUAUACAGCAAGUACAUCUACAAUUAUGAAAGUGUGUACAGCAAGCACCUGCACAUGAUACAGUAUAAAGUGCAUGUGACUUAGUUGGGUACAUAUAUAGACUAUAGAGGUUAUAUAAUGGGAGGGAUGGAAUAUGAAUUUUAUUCAGA